AUGUUCCGAACAGCCAACAACAGCAACAACAACCAAUCUAACACAAACGCUUUCGAAGUUAGCGAUAGACCAAGAGUCCAAGUCAAGCCCCGAGGCAUUGGACCGGUCACUAUGCUCCAUGAAAAUGAUGUCUUGUGCGGACGAGGAGGACGUAUCAAUGGACAUUCUGGCAACAUUCAGUUCCGUCGUAUUUGUGGCGAGAAAAGAGAGGAAUACUUUGCCAAGGAUGUCAAGAAAAUCCAAAAGGCCCAUAUUGCCGCCGGUGUCGUGGAGCGCAUCCGAUCCAUGACUCCGCCAGGACGCUUCCUGAAGCAAGACGCGGGCACUGGGCACUGGUAUGACAUUGGCUGUGCUAAGGCCAUGACUAAGGUUGGCCAGGCCAUCCGGGAGCAUACUCCAAAAGAAGAUGAUGAAUUCGACGGCCAACCACUCGAUGGCUUCAGCGGAAACCUUCAAGCGGCCACGGAUUCAGGCAAUAACGAACCCCUCUACCCCGGAUACGAUCCCAGACAAAUUGACAUGACGGAAGAGGAACAACCUCAACAACAGUUUUCGACACUACCAGUAACACCGCCACCCCGUUCCGUCUCGACAGAGCAGUCCAUUGGAAACUACUACGCCCAUGGCACCCCAGUGAGCACAUUCCCCGAAGACCUCCGAGCCUCCAAUGUUUCCGCCAUGAGCGGUGUUUCCUCCAUCAGAUCCAGUACCGCCUCUUCUCCUGACUUUUCCGACAUGAAAAUGUACACUCGAAUCCACAACAGUUACAGCUUGUCGCUUCUUCGAGAAAGUAUCAUGUCAGAUAUUUCCGACUGCGACUCUGUCAUGGACGACGGAGAUCAGCUUGCUGCCAGUCACCUCCUUGGUGGCAAGAGUGGCGAUGAUGUUCUGGCUUUUCAGGCAGAAUUUGAUGCUGGUGUUCAGAAUGCUGCUCUCGAACCCCGCCCCUUUCCACCAACUCAACAGCCGCAACGACGAGCCAAGCGAAGCCGAAUGAGUUCCAUCAUGUCAAUUUCCAUGGCCUCCACCAUUUCCCUCUUGUCCCUUGGUUCCACCACCAGUUGGGGAGCCUUCUAA